AUGCCUGCAACUACCAGCUGGAAGGCUCUCGCCGCUCUCCAUCGCGAGAAGCAGGUUGAGGCUGUCCCCAAAGAAUGGCUGAUUCCUGAAAAGCAGCUCGAAACGCUAAAGGAAGGCGAUCGCUUGAUAGAGUCCAAGGCCGUUCAGCGUUCUGGACUGCUUUCUGCCAAGGAGAUCGACAUUACUGAGCGAUUCACUGCUUCUGAGUUACUUGGGAAGAUACACAGCCAGGAAUUUACAUCAGAGGAGGUUGUCGUCGCCUUCUCUAAGCGCGCUAGUCUAGCUCAACAAUUGACAGCUUGUUUGACUGAGAUUUUCUUCGAAGAGGGUAUUGAGAGAGCUAAACAGCUUGAUAAGCAGUUGAAAGAGACUGGCAAGUUGGCAGGCCCUCUACAUGGACUUCCCAUCAGUCUCAAGGAUUCAUUUGUCGUCAAAGGUCAUCAUGCUACAGUUGGAUAUAUCGAAUUCCUUCGACAACCUAUCCCUGACACAAACUCGGCGCUAGUUGAUCUACUUCUCGACGCAGGAGCAGUUCUGUACUGCAAGACCAAUCUUCCCCAAACAAUGAUGACGGCAGACUCAGAGAACAAUAUCUUUGGUCGCACUCUCAACCCUCACAGAACCACCCUAACAGCAGGCGGUUCCACAGGUGGUGAAGGUUCUCUUAUCGGUUUCAGAGGCUCACCACUCGGGGUUGGCAGUGAUAUCGCCGGCUCCAUCCGCAUCCCAUCUCUCUGCUGCGGCAUCUACGGCUUCAAGCCAACAUCAGAACGCGUGCCUUUCGGUGGACAAUCAGAAUACCCGUUCCGUCGGCUUCAUAUGCCUGGCGUGGCACCAGUUGCUGGUCCUAUGGCUAGCUCUGUAGAAGAUCUGGAGUUAUUCAUGAAGAUCACUUUGGGUCAAAGACCCUGGAACUAUGACCCCUCUGUCGCUGAUAUCCCAUGGCGAGAUGUCAACGGUGCUACGGAAAAGAAGUUGACUAUCGGAGUCAUGGCCGAAGACCCUGAUUAUCCUCUGAGUCCACCCGUCAAGCGCUCUCUAGCAAAAGCUGCAUCAGCCCUUGAAAGCGCAGGUCAUAAACUCGUUCGAAUCCCAGCAUCCCCCAAGCGCAACGCAGGACAAGGCGCAAGAAUCGGCUUCCAGUACUUCACAAUGGUCGGCCCUGAUCCCGAUGCCAUUUCUCGAGAAUGUGGUGAGCCACUUGUUGCUUCAGUGGCCAGAUUGGUCCAUCCUUUCUUUAACGGAGAGUUCCCCGUUCGUCCAGAUCUCGAGAUAGCCGAUAAGCUGUUCAGCUUGAAUGAGGUCAAGAUGGAAUAUACCAAGGCUUGGCAAGAGGUUUGGCGCGACAAUGGACUUGACGUUGUUCUCGCACCGGGAGCAUCAUCAACGGCUGUUCCGCACGAUACAUAUGGAAACCCAGUGUAUACUUUGAUGUGGAAUGUUUUGGAUUUUCCCGCUGGAAUUGUUCCUUUCGGCACGUCCUCCAAGCUUGCAGAUGGCGAAGCUAUCAAGGCCACGACCCCCUUCGAACCAGACUAUAUCCCAGAAGAAACCGAUGGUGCGCCUUGCGCGAUUCAGAUUGUGGCACCAAAGUUUAGAGAUGAGGAGUGUCUACAGGCGAUGCAAAUAAUCGACAGGGAUAUCAGAGUCUCUCAGGCACAUAAGCUUUAA